ACCUUUCUCCAACACAAAAAAACGAAAACUUUCAUCGAACGAACAAAAAAAAAUAUUUUUGCGGGGCGUUUUGUUUAUGCCACGAUAGCUUUUAAAACAAAUAUAAAUGUUUUUGCAUCAAAACAUAAUUUAAGAAUAAUUUUGAAUAAAAAACUAUCUACAUUCCAAAGUUAAUCAAACAAUCAUGAGUGACGGUAAAAUAUGCGAUAUUUCCGAUGAAGUUCGUGAGGAAUUAAAGAAGUUUCGCUUUAGGAAAAAUUCCUCAAACUCGGCAUUGAUAUUAAAAAUUGAUCGUGAGAAACAAUUGGUCAUUUUGAACGAACUUAUUGACGAUAUCUCAGUCGAUGAACUUCAGGAUGUUCUGCCAGGACAUCAGCCGAGAUAUGUUAUCUACACGUACAAAAUGGUGCACGAUGACCAAAGAAUUUCAUAUCCAAUGUGCUUCAUUUUCUACACUCCAAGAGACAGUCAGAUUGAAUUACAAAUGAUGUAUGCAUGCACAAAGAGUGCUUUGCAACGUGAAGUCGACUUGACCAGGGUCUAUGAAGUCCGUGAGUUGGAUGAGCUAACUGAAGAUUGGCUUAAGGAGAAACUCAAGUAAAUCAGUUUUUUGGGCGGCGCAAGUUAAACGCCAUAAAACGAUCUGUGUUCAAUAACAAUUUUAAUACCAACGACAACAUACCAAAAUAAUAUAAUAUAUUUGUAUUGUAAAAGUAUUUACGCAAAAGAACGUAUACUAAUUUUUUCUAAGGUAUUAAUUUCGUAAAGCAAUAACAGGUCUAAAUACUUUUUUUAUUUAGAGUUUGGGUUAUCAUUAUAUUAAAAAAAAAAAAGACAAAAUGACAUUUAUUCAAAAUAGAAAUUUAAGAUACUACAUAAUUAUAUUUUAUACAUGAUAUAUGUGUACUCUUCUUUUUUUAUACAAAUUAAAAUAUGAAAAACAACACAAAUAAUCGAUUAAAAGAAGCUAUGCUUGCCAAAAUAUA